GAGGAGGAGGCAGCUCCCAGUCCUGGCUUUGCAGGCAGCCCUGUGUGUGUGUUAGUGGAUGUGUCUCAGGCUCUUGUUGUUUACAGCAGCAGCAGCAGCAGCAGUAACGUCACAUAGGCAGAGAGGGAUCACACACAAUGCGAGCAGCGCUGCAGCAGCGCCCGGAGCCAGACGCCAGCAGCAGCACACCGAGCCUGGGGAGCAGCGCUGCGGCCACUCACUGAGCAGGAGACCGGAGAGCCCGUCUCUGACCUUCAGGGGCCCGGAGUGAGCGGAGGGGAGGGGUUGCGGGGGACUCUCCAUUCAUUGGUCCCGCAGCGGCCUCCUGCGGGCUGAGGUCCGGCCGUGAGACGGGUGAUAUGGAGGCUGAAGACUCGGAGCGGCGCGUGUGUAGUGCGGGCGCCUGCCGCCAGCUCCCCGCGUGUAACGUGUCCUAGCGGCGGGAGCAGCGCGGAGCCAGUGCCUCGGGAGCGGGUAGCCCCUCUCUCUCCCCGUACCGAGCGCUACCCCGGGCUGGGAGGUGUUUGGGGUCACGCUGCCUUGUGUCAUACCCAGACUGAACCAAAGAACAAACCCCCCACAUCCUCCUGCCGCCGCCGCCGCCCGGACACAGGAGGGACCCCCGGAGCCCACAGCAAGGUCACAGUGCGCGGACUCUACAGAGCUCUAUACAUAUACAUAUAUAGGGGCAGUGUGUGUGUGCAGGGGGGCUCCAGCCGCCAUCUUUCCUCCGGCCAGUGCGGGACCUCGGAGGGGUGGAUGUAAGUGCCCCCGGAGCGGUGGAUCCACGCGUCUCUCCUCCUGGGAAGCUGUGGAGAUGAAGGCCGGAUUGGGCUGGGGUUCUCCGGCCUGGCUGUCGGUGGCCCCUGUACUCCUCUUGCUGCUGUGCCUCUGCCCGAGCCUGUGCCUGGGGUCCCUGAGUGAUGGAGUCUGCAGUAACAGCAUGGACAUCCGUAAUGAUGUACGAGAGCUGAAACAGCUUGAAGACUGUGUUGUGAUUGAAGGCUACCUCCAGAUUCUUCUCAUCUCCACCGCCAAGACAGAGGAUUUCCGAAACCUGCGCUUUCCCAAGCUUACGGUUAUUACAGACUAUCUGUUGCUUUUCCGUGUUUCUGGUCUGGAAAGCCUCAGUAACCUCUUUCCUAACCUCACAGUCAUACGUGGCCGCAAUCUCUUCUAUAAUUACGCCUUGGUCAUAUUCGAGAUGACUGAUUUGAAGGAGAUCGGGCUGUAUAGCCUGCGGAAUAUUACACGUGGUGCUAUACGGAUAGAGAAGAACUCUGACUUGUGUUACCUUUCUACGGUGGAUUGGUCGCUGGUCCUAGAAGCAGUCUACAACAAUUAUAUUGUUGGGAAUAAGCCUCCAAAGGAGUGUGGUGACCUAUGUCCCGGCGCUAUGGAGGAUAAGCCACUCUGUGAGAAGACAACCAUUAACAAUGAGUAUACAUACCGCUGCUGGUCAGCUGAUCAUUGUCAGAAAGUGUGCCCCAGCGAGUGUGGGAAACAGGCUUGUUCAGACCAGAAUGAGUGCUGCCACCAAGAGUGCCUGGGAAGCUGUACUGCUCCAAACAAUGACAGUGCCUGUGUGGCUUGCCAGCAUUACUACUACGAUGGGAAGUGUGUCCCUAGCUGUCCGGAGAACACCUAUCGUUUUGAGGGAUGGCGCUGCAUCACCCUGGAAGAGUGUGCUAACGUGCACACCUUGUUUCCUGGAGCACACAGAUUAAGUAUCCACAAUGGAGAGUGCAUAGAUGAAUGUCCAUCUGGCUAUAUGCUCAAUGGGAGCCAGAGCAUGUUCUGCAGCCCCUGUGAUGGGCCUUGUCCGAAGGUCUGUAUAGAGGAGAAAACCAUAGACUCUGUCACCUCAGCCCAGAACUUGGAAGGGUGCACUGUGCUGAAGGGAAACUUGCUGCUCAAUAUUCGCAAGGGCCAAAAUAUUGCUGCAGAGCUGGAGAACUUCAUGGGUUUGAUAGAGACUGUGACUGGGUAUGUGAAAAUUCGCCACUCCCAUGCAUUGGUGUCCCUCUCCUUCCUGAAAAGCCUGCGUUACAUCAAUGGAGAGAAUCAAACGGACGGGAAUUACGCUUUUUAUGUCCUGGACAACAAUAAUCUACAGCAGCUGUGGGACUGGUCGAAGCACAACCUCACCAUCAAACAAGGCAAGAUGUACUUUGCGUUUAACCCCAGGCUUUGCUUGAAAGAGAUCUAUGAUAUGGAAAACGCAACAGGAACCAGAGGAAGGCAGACUGAAUCGGACAUAAAUCCCAGGAAUAAUGGAGACCGAGCAUCCUGUGAAAGCCACACUCUGAAUUUCAUCUCCAACAGCACAAGAAAGAACCGCAUCAUGUUGACGUGGGAGCGUUACCGGCCACCAGAUUACAGAGACCUCAUCAGCUUCACCGUCUACUAUAAGGAGGCUCCCGUUUCGAAUGUGACGGAAUAUGACGGUCAGGAUGCUUGUGGGUCCAACAGCUGGAACAUGGUUGACGUGGACCUUCCUCAGAGCAAGGAUAAGAACCCAGGGAUUCUCCUGCAGGGUCUGAAGCCCUGGACUUCCUAUGCAAUAUUUGUGAAAGCCCUUACUCUGACCAUGAUGGAGACGCAUCACAUCCAUGGAGCCAAGAGCAAGAUUGUUUACAUACGUACGGAUGCUGCAGUUCCUUCCAUUCCUCUGGAUAUCAUAUCUGCCUCCAACACAUCCUCUCAGCUAGUUGUGAGGUGGAAACCGCCUUCGUUGCCAAAUGGCAAUCUCUCCUACUACAUUGUGCGCUGGCAGCAGCAACCUCAGGACAGUUACCUCUACCAGCACAACUACUGCUCCAAAGACAAAGUCCCUAGUCGAAAAUAUGCCAAUGCGACCAUUGACACAGAAGAAACAAAAGAGCCCACCAAGCCAGAAACAGGAGGAGGGCGAGAGAAGGGGGCUUGUUGUGCUUGCCCGAAAACUGAAGCUGAGAAGAAAGCAGAGAAGGAUGAGGCGGAAUACAGGAAGAUGUUUGAAAAUUUCCUGCACAACUACAUCUUUGUGCCCAGGCCUGACCGCAAGCGCAGAGAUGUGUAUGCUGUUGGCAAUGCAACAGUAGCAGGUUACAGCAGGAACGUCACUACGCAGGACUUCUCCAAUGUGUCUGACUCUGAGCCAAAGGAAAUGGAGUACCCAUUCUAUGAGACAAAGGUGGACCAUAAACAAGAAGUCACCCUCAUCACCAACCUGCUGCCGUUCACUCUGUACCGCAUUGAUAUCCACAGCUGCAACCACGAGGCAGAGAAGCUUGGCUGCAGUGCGUCCAACUUUGUGUUUGCCAGAACCAGGCCUGCAGCCGGUGCCGAUAACAUACCUGGAUCAGUCAGCACCGAUGAAUCUGAUGAUAAUGCAGUCGUGCUGAAGUGGCCUGAGCCCCCAAAUCCUAAUGGACUCAUCCUGAUGUAUGAUAUAGACUACAAGCAACAUGGGGAGCCUCCCUCUAGGGAAUGUGUCUCCAGACAUGACUAUGCAAAGUUGGGGGGUGCCAGGCUCACCCGCCUCAUCCCAGGCAACUACACUGCGCAGGUGCGGGCCAUUUCCCUCUCUGGGAAUGGUUCAUGGACAGACGCUGUGUCAUUCUAUGUUAAAGAGAGAUCUCCUGAAAAUGACAGUCUCAUACACCUGGCUGUGGUUCUUCCGGUCACCACCGUUUUAUUGCUCGUGACAAUCUUUUUCAUCACCUGCUAUGUUACCAAAAAAAGGAACAGUGACCGAUUAGGAAAUGGGGUUUUGUAUGCCUCUGUGAACCCUGAAUACUUCAGUGCUGCAGAAAUGUACGUUCCAGAUGAGUGGGAGGUUCCUCGCGACAAGAUAACCAUGAACCGUGAGCUGGGGCAGGGAUCGUUUGGUAUGGUGUAUGAAGGAAUUGCAAAAGGGGUAGUAAAAGACGAGUCAGAGACCAGAGUGGCAAUAAAAACCGUGAAUGAGGCAGCCAGCAUGCGGGAGAGGAUAGAGUUCUUAAAUGAGGCUUCAGUGAUGAAGGAAUUCAAUUGCCACCAUGUGGUGCGUUUGUUAGGUGUAGUUUCCCAGGGUCAACCAACCCUUGUCAUCAUGGAGUUAAUGACUCGCGGAGACCUCAAAAGUUACUUAAGAUCUUUAAGACCAGACACAGAGAGUAACCCUGGGCAGUCGCCCCCGUCACUGAAGAAGAUGAUCCAGAUGGCAGGGGAGAUUGCAGAUGGAAUGUCGUAUCUCAACGCAAACAAAUUUGUUCACAGAGACCUUGCAGCCAGGAACUGUAUGGUUUCUGAGGAUUUCACAGUCAAAAUUGGAGACUUUGGAAUGACCCGAGACAUUUAUGAGACGGAUUACUAUCGAAAGGGCGGAAAAGGCCUCCUUCCAGUGCGCUGGAUGUCUCCAGAGUCCCUCAAGGAUGGUGUUUUUACCACCCACUCUGAUGUCUGGUCAUUUGGUGUAGUGUUAUGGGAGAUAGCUACACUGGCAGAGCAGCCGUACCAUGGCAUGUCCAAUGAGCAGGUUCUCCGGUUCGUUAUGGAAGGAGGUCUCCUGGAGAAACCGGAUAACUGUCCAGACAUGCUGUUUGAACUGAUGCGCAUGUGCUGGCAGUACAACCCCAAAAUGAGGCCCUCCUUUCUGGAGAUAAUUAGCAGCAUUAAAGAUGAGCUUGAUCCAGCAUUCAGGGAGGUGUCUUUCUUCUACAGCGAAGAGAACAAACCACCAGAUACAGAGGAGUUGGACCUGGAGGCAGAGAACAUGGAGAGCAUUCCAUUGGAUCCAUCGUGCACCCUGCAGACUUCUGAGCACCAUGUUGGACACAAGGCUGAAAAUGGCCCGGGUGUAGUUGUCCUGAGAGCAAGCUUUGAUGAGAGGCAACCGUACGCACACAUGAAUGGGGGGCGUAAAAAUGAGAGAGCGCUACCUCUUCCCCAGUCCUCAGCCUGCUGAUCCAGGCAUGGGGUCUGACGGACGCUUGAGGAAGCACAGGCCAUUGUGUACCUCUAGGACAACACACGGCAGGCUCCCUCCUUAUCCGUGCAAACACUAACACACUUUCUCAUUUGGUUUGGCUUCAGCCUCCUGCUGAGUUGGCACUGGUGUACUUGUUCACGGAAGGACUUAGUACGUCAGACCAAUGCCCCAUUUUACUCUGUGUGUCACGGUAAGUGUGUACCUGCUCUCACACACACACGAAGACUGAAUGCACUUCUUUUUCACGGUUUGGGCCUGAGGAAAGCAAACAGACUACUUUCUACUUUUGGCCUACUUUAAAAUGACUCCUUUAGUAAAGUUAAAGCAUAUUGCAACCCAGAAAUUUAUUUAAUUCUGCCAGUCUUUGCCAAAUAGAUUUUUAUUUUAUUAUUUUCUUUUUUUACAGCAUGGACAGUGCGGAUGUAUGAAGUCACGUUUCAUAUCACAAGCCCAUGCACACUGUUUUGUUUAAUGGGGAACUUUACUCCGAAACCUAAGGGUUUUUUUUUUUCUUUUCUUGUUUUUUUUUUUUUGCGUGUGUGAUAUGAGGUGGGCUACACGUGUAAAUAUAUAUACAUAACACAAUCUGGAGAAAACUGGCAAAAUAUAGCAACACGUUAAAAUGCAGACAAGGGUUCACCGCAAAGUGCAAAACUUUGCUUUUCAGGGAAUCAUUGGAGAAUCUGGUCUUUAAAAAAUGGAUCUUUAGCAGGAGACUGUAUUGGUAUAUCCAGAACCGGUUUGUAGGCAGUCUUAAUUGGAAUUGUGAAAUCCUGUUUGUGUGUGCUGGAAUGUUCUAGAACAUCAGACUUUCCUGCAAACCCCCAGCUGCUCCACAUCUCUCUGAAGUCACUAUCCUGCACCUCAUACAUUUUUUAUAUAGAUAUAUAUAUAUAUAUAUGUGUAUAUAUAUGUAUGUAUAUAUAAAUUUUCUUUUUUUUUUUGGAGGGAUGGGGAGGGGGGAUUUCUUUCUUGCUAAGACUUUGUAGAAGGUCCUUACAGUUCAAUGUGAGGUCGUAGCGUCAUUUACAUACACAUUUUGUGUCCCUUUUAUAAAUUUUUUAUGGUUCAGAUAUUCAUCUAUGUCUGUACAGAAAAGGCUGCUAUUUUUUUUCUUUAACUUUUGUGUAUUUAAUCUAUGAUAGAAAAACAAAAAAAAACUUUAAAAAAAUGCACCUUCAGGUCUACUCUUCCAUCUUUUCAUGUACCUAUCAACUCUCUCCUCGUCUUCAUAGGGCUUGCAUACACACACACACUCUACAUUUGCAAUUGACUUCCAUUAAAUGAAAUGGAAGAUUUUUGACAAUUGUGUUGUACUGCGCUAUUUCGCAUUUACAAUCCCUCUUGGUGUCGUCAUUCAAUUUCCCAUGUUCGACACCUUCUGCAAAUGAAAUUUGUAGUAUUAGCCAUUCAUUUGUUAAUGCCUUUUUUUUGUAUGUGUUUUUUUUUUGUUUUUUGUAGUUUUCUAUUGUAAACCAAGUGUCUAGGAAGGACUGGUGGGGGCAGAGCAAGGUGUCUUAUGAAGCAAUGUAUAAUUUUUAUGUCCCCAUAGUUUCUCACACAGCUUUCAUUCUGGUAUGUUGCAAUGCGUCAAAUGAAAACUCAGGUCAAGAAAACACAUGGUUUGAUAUUCAGUAGAUUCUUUCUGUCCCUGUACUUCCACUUGUUAGAGCCAGAGCCCUUCACUGGCCUGUGGUUACAGGAUGGCUAACGCAUUUCUAGAUCUGUUUUCAGUGUGUGAGUGUACAUACGUGUGUGUGUGAGUUUUUUGGAUACAGCGGCAGGCUUUAAGAGCUUGUUCAUACAUACUCGCGGGAAAUUGGCUAAACAUGCUUGAGUGCUAAUGCAUGCUUUAAUGAUGCAGUGUGCUUUUAUCAGUAUGACUUUUACUGGUAGCACCGUUACACACCUAGUUUGUGCUAUGUUCUAAUAUUUUAAAAACAGCAUUAACAUUUUAGAACUGCAUCAUUUGCUCUUAUAUGUCCCCUUUUUUUAUUAUUUUUUGUUAAUAUAAUUUUUCAUGCAUAAAUGCGUGAAAAGCAUAGAAAAAAGAAAAUAGGUAUAGGUGUGAAACAGUCCGUAACUUGGCCUACUUAAAAAUAAAAAACUCUUCCAUCCCAAGAACAAACUAAUUGUUACACAGACCAAAUUCUUCUACAUUAAACUGAUUUCAUACAGCCCAUCAUUCUUCCUUUGUGGUAUGCCCACCCUUGUGUCUCACUGCGUCAAUAUGCAAAAACGUAAAAAGGUUAAAGCAUUGCUGGCGGGUUAAACGAUUUUCAACAUAACAAUAAAUAUGGAUGAACACCAAUCCCACCCCAGAAUAUUCCUGUAUUAUUCUCAUUAUGGGGCAAAUGUACUAAGCCUUGGAAAGUGAAAAAGUGAAAGUGAAAAAGUACUGAGCCAAUCAGCUCCCAACUAGUUUUUUAAACACACCCUGUAACAUGGCAAUUAGGAGCUGAUUGGGACUUUAUCUGUCUCCACUUUAUCAUUCUCCAAGGCUCAGUACAUCUCCCCCUAUGGCUGUAUUUUCUGCCUACAUACCCUUGUGCUCUGGUCUUGCUAAAUGAGUAAAGAGUAUAAAGGUAAUAUGAUUACAGAAGUAUAAAAACUGUCCUGUAAACUUUAAAAUACCCCCCAGUACUAUAUAUGGACAUUUUUGGCUAUCAUUAUAUGUCUCCACAAUCCUGUUUUUGUUUUAUUUGACAGUUACAUUGUACCAUUGUUUUUUUUUCUAAAACUGCUAUUGCUCACUUUCUUUUUUUUUUUUCUUUUUUUAAUUGUAGAUACAAAGCAUUUGAUUGGCACAUCACCUGCAAAUGAUAUUCAGUUCUCACAUUGUGUUCCUUCUUACACGUGAACUACACUGCAUUAUAGCUCCGCAUGCAAUCCUUACCAAUAGUUCCCUCAUAUACCAUUUACCUGUCACAUUACAGUACAUUUUAGCAAAAAUAGCAAACUCUCUUCUCAUGCAUCAAAGAAAUCACAGUCUGAACAAUUUAAUCGUAUUUUGUGAUGCAUUGCCCUGUGAAAUAUUCCCCUUAUUAACGGGCAUGUACUGCAAAGUGCUGUGCAGAGACUAUAUCCUAAAAUUUUAUUUUUACAUUAAAUAUUGUCUAUGAUUAUUUAUGAGGAGUACAGCAAGUGUCCUUGUCAGCGAGUGUCUGCGAGCUGCUUUGUUGCAACAAACUAUUGACUAACUAGAAACUCGCAAGAAUAUCAAUAGUGUUCUUGAUAAUACAGCUAAGGAUACUGUCCAAUGUAGUUUCUGGCUGUAAUUAUUUUUUCAUUAAAAAGAUAUCUGCUUUAUAGUCGCUGGUAUAAAUCUAGCAAAUAAACUGCCCUCAUGGGCGUCAAAACCCACUGUCUUUGCAUCACUGAAUAUUGUCACCAAGUCUUGACCAUAAUCCACAGUUAGAUCAAAAUACUAAUCUUGAACAAACAAAACAUAUUGGAGCUUGUUUAAUGACCUGUUAUAGUGUGCAAAAAUUAUAUCUGUAAUUGAAAUGCUAAUGUUACUCCACUUUUAAGUGACACCCGUCAUGUUAUCAAAUUUGCCCCGAUACUAGCUUUGGAUGGAAGAGGUUUUUGUUUUGUUUUUUAAUUUAUUCAUAACCGCUUCAGUACUAAUUGGUCAUUGUUACUAUGAAAAAAAUCUAUAUAUAAAAUUUGAAUGUCUGUAGUAAUGCGUUCUAUUUUCACGUUGAAGCAUAACAAAUUGUGGCUUGUCUUGUACAUUUUUCCUACCCUGCAACCCCUAAAUUUAAGAAGGUAUUCUAUGUAGGAUUUUUUUUUUUUUAUAUUUUUAUUUAUUGUUCAUUGGUUUUGGUCACUGUAAAAAUGCCCCCAACACAUUCUUAUAUAUUAAGAUGUUCUCUUUUUUUUUUUUUUUUUUUUUUUUGUAAAUGACAGGGGACAGUUUUCAAUAUUUUUUCCCAAACAUUUAUCUACCUCACUCUUUAUUUUUUUAUAUGUGUAAAUAUCUAUAUAAAUAUAAGUAUAUAUAAAACUGAAAAAAAUUUUUUUUUACAUCUCACAUUUUUUCAGCAGUUGACAAUAAACCAUAGAACCCGGUAACCUCAUACACUACACAAACCACAAAAUGCUGUUAUUGAGAGGAGGGAGAGGGGAUCUGCCAUUCCAUUUUACUGGGCUGUGUUGGGGUGCAAGCUUAUCACAGGAUGUUACUGCUUUGUUUUGACAUUGCCAAAGUUAUGUACUGCUGAAGUUUAUAAAACUGCUCCACAAAAGAAAAAAUAAAUGCAAAAUAAAGUCCAUUAAAUGGAUGCUUUUUUUUUUCUUAGCCAAACAUUGUCCUCUCUUUAGAUGAAGAGUUAGUCACCUGUCACUACUCCAGCUGUUGCUGAACUACAUCACCCGCAAUGCUCAACCAAUGAGCGUUUCAAAAGUUGUCUACCCUUUUAAUAAUGUACAGGACAGAAUGUUCUUCAUGUAAGAAAUGUAAAGGUUAAUCGUGAUUUAGGAUCACUUGAUAAAACAAUUCCCUAAGGUAGGAAUUGGCCAUUUAUCUUAAGUGAUUGAUGAAUUGAUGACAUUAAUGUCUAACUGCCCAAGCAGAAAGUGAAGACAGCCUGUUUCUCUGCACUUGUGCAAUAUUCGGAUGGAACUAGUGAUAACACGGGGGCAGGAGGAACUGUGUGUUCCUACUGACCUUCAUUCUCACAUACAUUAAAUCAGCUCCCAGAAUGACAUCUUCACUGUGAGUAAACAAUGGCUGCACUUUACUCUUUAAUUAUUAGAUCAUCAGGACAUUACACAUGUAUUACUGGCAUGAGUGUAUCAUAUGGCAAUCACCCGAAAUGGUAAUAAUGAUAAUGGCAGUAACCUCAUAAAUUAUAUGCAUGCACAGCAAAGUUAGGUCUGAAGAAAUAAAUUAAUUUUUUUGGACAUUCUUGAACUGGUUUUGUAUUAAGCACAUGUUAAUGCUAGAUCUGGUCUGAAUUGUAAAUCCUUGUGCCAUUAAGUGUCAGAAAAAAAAAAUAUAGUCAUUCUUUGCUGGUACUCAGCACUUAUCUCGGGAGUUGGCUACCUUUGGUUCUCUCGCUGUCUGACUUUUUGGUAGAAUAUAUGCUGCUUUUCCAGUUAAGGCCUCACAGCUGGGAGUCUUCUAUGCAAGUUACUACUCAAUUCAGCUGGUAAGGACCCAAAAUUCACAACUUACUUGUGCAUCCCAAAUUUUUAGCAAUACACCGUUAUUUAAUUUAGCUUCAGUCAUGUUAACAGUGGCUAGUGUUGAUUCUGAAAGCGGCAAAAGGGUUUUUCCCAUGGAUAGAUUGCAAUGUCGCAUAUUGAAGGUAAUGUUGUACUUUGGUAAAGCUUAUUUAAAUGUGAGUGGUUUUUUUUGGUGGGGGGUUCUUUUUAAUUUUUUGUGUACAUAUUUCAGAACAUAAUUAAGAAUGAAGUGCACCUCCGUUUAAGGCUUCACUAAUGACCUCGUGACAUGGUAAUCUCCUCUCCUCCCUCUCUCUCUACCACACAUACUGCUAAACAGGUUGUUCAGAUCGCAAUCAACUAUGAGGGUUUUGUUUAAAACUGUCCAAGUUGUGAGUCUUUAUAUGUAUAGUUAAAAAAAUAAAAUAAAACGCAACAAAAAUAGUAAAACCGCUUCAUGAACUGACUUCAUCUCUGAAUAAAAAGCACUCUAAGCCUCAAAGAUAACCUUAUUUUUGUUUUGUACUUUGAACAGGGAGCACUAUUUGUCCUGCAGGGGAAAAUUGGAAAUAAACCUUCACUACAGUAACCAUCAUUCACUAGUGCAGACAAGUACGUUAGAUAGCUCUGCAUAAGAGAAAAUGACUGAUAGUAUUGUCUCUGGGGUUAGAGCAAUAUAAUGUCUCUUUCCCAUUGGGUAAUGAGACAGGGGAGAAGGGUCUAAGCUUGAAAAUAAUGUUCCUAUUCAUUUUUUCUCCAAUUUCUAAAAAAAAAUCAAAAAGGAAAUAAUUUCGAGCAAUUGAAUGUGAACUUUCACUGUUAACACGUAUUAAGUCAGGUAAACUAGGUUGGUUAACUAUUAAAAGCCUGGAAUAAAACUAGACAUAUAAUGGUAGACAUAUAUUUGCUUUUAAAUUAAAUUUUCCCUUGUUUGAUAUACUGUUGCCUUGGCUCCAGUUUUAUUUUUCAGUGACAGUUGGACUCUGUUAUGGUGAAUUUUUUGCGACCUAGGCUGCAUGUACUAGGAACUGGUAACGUUCCUGAGGUGUGUGGCACUUUGUGCAAAUUAAUGAACUGAAAGUCUGCAUUUUCACAGUAUUGGUUAAGGCAACAAAUGCUCGCCUCCAAUGUGUGAAGUAUCGGGUACAUUUUGUCAGCAGGAUUUAGUAUAAUAUUAGAUGUGGAAAAUAAUGGUUAUUUCCAAGAGCAGUUAUUCACCUUAAUGUAGCCAUAAUGGUUUAUUCUCUUAAAAGUGCAACGUUGACCAGAUUUCUUGGUAAACAGGUCACCGGUGAAGUGUUAAAAGCUGUUUACUUACACAAGGCUGUCUCUGUUGGUUUAAAUAUACGCUACAACCAAUAAGUAGCUUGAGAGUGUGUGAUUUUUCAUUUUUGCUUUGCUCGACAUGUUACCUUUUGAAGUGAUCGUCUUGAAAGCCUAUGGUAUUGUGCUAUCAGGCUGCUUGUAGGCAUGUAGGCCCUAGACAUGCCCGGUUUAUCUCAGUGUGCAAACAAAAAUAGUUUUACCUCCGAGUCAGGCCAGGGUAAGCGCUCUUUGGGGCUCACAGUUUCCAUGGCAAUAUUCCUUGGCCACACAAACUCUGUGUGGUACAGAUGUGAUGUGUGGUUAUUUUGUGUAGUCAUCAGCAGAGGAACUGAUACAUAAGCGAGGUUGAGUACUGAGAACAUCAAGAGCUGUUUAAGAAAACAAAUGAUUGAUGGUGACACAUACCAACAAUUCUGCACAUUAAAUGCAUAAAUUGCCAUUGAGUUACAAAGGGUCUUUUGCGAUAGAUUUUGGAAGUUUCCAUUUCAUUUUCUUAAUUAAAAUGCUCUGAUCGUCUCCUACAAAUCAUCCUGUAGGUCCCGUUCUAUUGAGAAUCUUUACCUGCAUUUUGUAUGUCCAGUACGGAUCUAGCAUACAGGCUGAGAUGGUAGCUGUCAUUAGAACACUACUUUUACAGAACAAAUAGCAAGCAAAAAAAAAAAUUGGAUGUGACGUCUAUUCAUUAUUUUUGUUGUGUACUAUUGCGGUAAAUGUGCCUUGUAGUGGCCACCAAACUAUAUGUAUUGACCAUUAAUGACUAUGGUCUCUGUUCAUUAGAGGCUUUAUUCACUUAUCUUUUUGCUCUUUCAAUGCCAGCAUCAUUUUUUCGUGUGUGUAUGUAAUUUUGUACGUAUGUGGUUGUUACACAAUUUGAUUUGGCAAGGUAAUGCUGGUUGUUUAAUUUUUAAGCAAAAAAAAAAGCUAAAAAAGUGAACCAUAUCCCAUUCCACAAAGUUUAAAUUAAAGAAACUGUGGCAGUUCAAUUUUUUGCUCAUGUUUGUCCAAAAAUGGAUACACACUGUAUGUUCAGGUGGCACGUAUAUGUCUAUUGAGCAGAGGAACAGAAGGUACAGAACUGUUUGUUUGUUUUUUCAUUUCUAUGAACUACUUGUUGCAUUUUGCUGUCCGGCGUUCUGGUUAAACGGCACUUGUAUUCCCCCUAGUCAGGAAUAUCACUGGGCAAACAGGAAAAAGUUAUAUACAAUGCAGGACUUUUAGAACAACAUGAUUUCAGCUCAGAAUGGUGUACAUAACAACACAUGGUAAUAAAUACACAUAACAGUACUACCUACUGGAUAUUUGGUUGCUGAGUCUUACUCGGAAAACAAGUAUUUGUUUGCUUUGGAAAAAAAAUGUUAAUGGUGCAUUGAAAUUGGCUGUAUUGGUAAUUAAUCACUUAAAAAUGGUUUAAUUCAUUCAGCUUGAUGUAAUGCACAGUAUUUUUCAAGAAGGUUCAAGAUCGAUUUUUUUUUUCUCCUCCGCUGAAAACUGUCCAAAAUAAACUUUGUGGAGGCGUCCAUUUGUUAUUCCACCUAACAUCAUGGGAUAUAACUGGGAGUAAUUCACACUUAGCAUUGUGAACUGAACACUGCUCUCUCUUUUGUGACAAAGGAAAACAAUUUAAUAAUUUAUGCUUUUGUUUUUCCCCCUAUUCUGAUUAAUAAAUAACAAACUAAACCAGAUUAAGAGAAAAUAAUUUUUCCAAAUACAUUUUAAUAUUGCUGAUUUUAUUCAAAAUAUUUAAGUGGGAUCUAGGUCUACUAAAAACAUGAAAAAUAAGACCUGAUUCAUGUUUUAGCAUGAAGAAUUUUGUAUGUGGCUAAUAGUUUUGAAGAGAAGGGGUCCUACAUUUCUAUGUGCUCUUACCUUUUCCCAUCUUUAGUAUUUGGAAUGUACACAGACAGCAUAAGGAUCUUUGAUCCUUUUGUGCGACCUACCUUUCAGUUUAUACUUCAGGCAAGAGAAAUUCUGGUGAGACCCAGAGGGAAAAGUAGUAGGUGCUACAUGAAAGAGUACAUGAGGCUUAUACAAGGCAAAUAGACUACUUGCCUGUGUAUUGGACAGUGGUCAUCAAAGCAACAAACUUGAACAAGGUCACAGAUUAAUCACCAUACUGCAUCUUGCACCUUUCCAUACUAGAGGUUAAAAAAGUGUCAAACCAGAAAGCCAUGCACACUCUAGUUUAGUAAUUCUUUCUGAAAGUUGCUUGUAUUACUCUUGUAAUAAUAAAUUAUUUAUUAACUAAUAUUUUUCAAAGGGACUGCUAGGUCCAAUAAAUUACGGGUAGUCUUUUGAAAUCCUAUAUGUGUGUGUAGAAAUUAUAAAAUAUAUAUAUAUAUAUAUAUAUAUACACACGUGUGUUUUCUUCUUUACAAGAAGCUGUGGCUCACUGUAUUUUGUAACAACAAUACAGUUCUACAGUGAUAUGUAGAUUUGAAUGCAUAGCACUCUUUAGUGACUGGCAUGUUCUUGUUAGAAUGCUAUAUUUUUAAUGUCCCAGUUAGUAUUUAUGUAAUGUGUAGUUAGAUGCACACACUACAGUGUUUGUCUACGUUGUAAAAAAAAAUCUGAGCUUCUUGCCAAAAAUGACACCUUCAUGUUUGUUAUUUAUAUUAAUAUUUGAACAGUUCUGUAUCUUCAGAUCCCUGCUUUAAUUGUUUUACAUAACCCUCUUGUUACAUUGGGAAGAACUAUACUGGUCUUUUCACUUUUACUGUAUACUAUAGCUAACACAAUGGACAUUUAUAGCCUUUACUGGAUGGCAGCAGAGUAGAGAGGGGUGGUUUGUUUGUUUGUUGAAAUAUAUGAAUGCUCUUAAUCUAGUUUACAUGGACCUUACUGCAUUGAUUGGUAUUAAAAGCAUUGCACCAUUGGUAGAGGAGGGUCCAAUGUAAAUUUGACUGAUGCAAGUAUCUAGGGAAUUAUUCUGAUGUCUUCUUACAAAACUGUACAUCAAUUUAUUCUCUGCCAAAAGGAUAAAGGUUCUGUGAAAUGUUUGCAAGGGCAAACUGGUUUUACUACCCACCUCCAGCUGCUUUCAUCAAUAUUUUCAGAGAUUUUUUUAAAUUAUUAAUUCAAUUUUCUGUUUUCCAAUCCAGUAAGGCUUCAGAGAUUCUCACUAUCUCUGGGACAAAAAAAAUAUUAAACAUAAAAAAAUCUAAAAAAUAAACUUAUGGAAUUGAUGCAUUGCUAAAUAAAAUUGAAAAAAAAAAAUACAAAUAAAUAAAAAGUUUUUUUCCCCAAGUUUUCUUGUUUUAAGAAAAAAACAAAACAAAAAAAAGUUACAUUUGUUACAUAAAAAUUACAUGCUGUGUGUAAAUUAUUCAUGAAAAUAUUCCUGUGUUUAUAUAAAAAAUGAAUCGGUAGAUAAGAAAAAAAUUUCAACAUGUUUUUGUAUAUUCUGUUGUAUGAAUUUAUUCUUGUUCUUGCUAUAUACUCUGAAUUCUUUACAUUAUUGGAAAAAAAGAAACUUUUGUCUAUUUUGAAUGGCUGAACCUAAGGCAGUUUUAGUUUCUUACUCUGCUUUUUUCUAGUAGUUCCAGUACUACAAGAUUUAAGUUAAAUAAAAGAAUUCUGUAUGCA